CGCCGGGGGAGGGGCAGGAAAGAGGGCUAUAAGGACUGCAGCCUUUCGGGGCGGGAACCAGCCAGGCCAUGGCGGAUAUCCCUGGAGCCCAACGCCCUGUUCUCUCUGGCGGCCCCGAGCCCCGGGAUCCCCUAGAUUGCUGGGCCUGUGCAGUGCUAGUAACGGCUCAGAAUCUGCUAGUGGCUGUCUUUAAUAUUCUCCUGCUGGCGCUGGUACUGGGGACCAUCCUGCUACCCGCUGUCACCAUGUUGGGCUUUGGCUUUCUCUGCCACUCCCAGUUCCUGCGCUCCCAGGCGCCUCCCUGCACCGCGCAUCUGCGGGACCCAGGCUUCACCGCCCUGUUGGUCACCGGAUUCCUGCUGCUCAUGCCGCUGCUUGUGCUGGCCCUGGCCACCUACCGCCGCCUCUGCCUGCGCCUCCGCCUGGCCGACUGCCUUGUGCCCUACAGCCGGGCCCUCUACAGGCGUCGGCGCAUCCCACAGCCGAAGCAAACCCCGGCCUCACCAGGGUCCCGGGCUGUUCCCACACCAGGAAAGGUCUGGGUCUGAGGUGCGGAGAGUCAAGGAUCCUGUCGAUUGCCCUCCUGGUCGUGCAAGGACUUGAAGCGAGCCCAGGGGUAUUCUGCCCAGCCCUGCCCUUACACUGCCUGAUCUUAGCAUUCCUUCGGUGGAACAGCAGCGUCUGUGGACCCAAUGCUGGCGAAAAUUCCCAUGCCCGGGGAAAUCCAUUCACAUUUGAGUCCUGAACGCUUGGACUGGACCCUGCACAACUUUUCUCCCUCCCCUAGCGUAAAGAGUUGGGCUGGACUUUGUGCCUUCCUUCGCUGGUGCAGCUCUUCUAAUAUUUACGGGACCGAGGGACAGAACUAGAGAAGAAACCAUCA